AAGACUGGGGAGGACUGUUGGGGACGGCUCGACAGGCAGUCUCUGGACCUGGACCGGGGGACUCGCUAGAACUCAGACACGACUUGCUCCAGAAAAGGAAGAGCCUCAGCCCUCUCUGUCCUGAGACCAAAUGCACUCUUCUUGGAAGCUACCCAUGCUCCUAACUGUGCAUGAAGACCCUAUGCCCACCACAGCCUCUUUUGGCAUGGAAAUGUUCAACCUCACCACACACGUCCUGGGGUCUGCUCUUAACAGGACCCUUUCAGAGGAUAACAACUGCCCAGACACUGAGUGGUGGAGCUGGCUCAAUGCCAUCCAGGCUCCCUUCCUCUGGGUCCUCUUCCUGCUGGCUGCACUGGAGAACAUCUUUGUCCUCAGUGUGUUCUGCCUGCACAAGAACAGCUGCACCGUGGCGGAGAUCUACCUUGGCAAUCUGGCCGCUGCGGACCUCAUCCUGGCCUGCGGACUGCCCUUCUGGGCCAUCACCAUCGCCAAUAACUUCGACUGGCUGUUUGGAGAGGUGCUGUGCCGCGUGGUGAACACCAUGAUCUACAUGAACCUCUAUAGCAGCAUCUGCUUCCUGAUGCUUGUGAGUAUCGACCGCUACCUGGCCCUGGUGAAGACCAUGUCCAUGGGCCGGAUGCGCGGUGUGCGCUGGGCCAAAAUCUACAGCCUGGUGAUCUGGGGCUGUACGAUGCUUCUGAGUUCACCCAUGCUGGUGUUCAGGACCAUGAGGGACUACAGGGAAGAGGGCUACAACGUCACCGCCUGCGUCAUCGUCUACCCAUCCCGCACCUGGGAGGUGUUCACCAACGUGCUGCUGAACCUGGUGGGUUUCCUCCUGCCCCUGAGCGUCAUCACAUUCUGCACGGUGAAAAUCAUGCAGGUGCUGAGGAACAACGAGAUGAAGAAGUUCAAGGAGAUCCAGACAGAAAGGAAGGCCACCGUGCUGGUGCUGGCUGUCCUGGGGCUCUUCGUGCUCUGUUGGGUGCCUUUCCAGAUCAGUACCUUCCUGGACACGCUACUGCGUCUCGGCGUGCUGUCCGGAUGCUGGGACGUGCAUGUUGUCGAUGUCAUCACACAGAUCAGCUCCUACGUGGCCUACAGCAACAGCUGCCUCAACCCUCUGGUGUAUGUGAUCGUGGGCAAGCGCUUCCGGAAGAAGUCCCGAGAGGUGUACCAAGCAAUGUGCCGGAGGGGAGGCUGCAUGGGAGAACCCAUGCAGAUGGAGAACUCCCUGGGGACUCUGAGGACCUCUAUCUCGGUGGAACGCCAGAUCCAUAAGCUGCAGGAUUGGGCAGGGAACAGACAGUGAACAGAGGCCACCAGGCAGGACUCCUGUCAAGAUGUGUGAAGACUGGUGGGGCCCGGGCUACUCAGCCUAGGUUCAGGAAGGAGCUCGAAGCAUCCUAGCCAGCACCAAGGAAACAGGCCGAUGAUUCUAACCUGUCUCAUGGCAUGAGCAUGCUGUGAGGGGUGGGUACCCUGGAGUACACUGGGAUUAUUCUUAUUGUCUGGCACUCUGAGGCCCCAUGAAUGGAGGGGUCCUGGGUUAGGGAUAGGAGUGACAGCACCUCUUUCCCACAGUGGGUAAGGGAAGGACAGAUCUCCAGGAAAACUCUUGCCAGCUUUAGUCCUGUGGCUACAUGUGCAGGAGGCCCGGCUGACUUGCUUCUGGGUUUCAUGGUUUGCUGAUUUCUUGGUCUUCUGAAGGUUAGCUCUGAGGAGUCCCUGGUAAGGCCCCAAAGCCUGGGAUCCCAUCACUCCUCUCACCCAUGGACAAGGUGGACAGUGAAAAAGACACCCACCCCACCCCAGCGUUUAUGGAGCGCUUGCUGAAUGCACAGCGUUGGACACUGUGGGCAAGAGGGAAGAGAUCCGCAGUGAAAUCUGUCUUAAAGGAACCCUGACGUAAGUGGAGGAUGCCCAGGACCUGCAGUCCCUGGAAGGUGUGUGAACACCGAGGAACUGUGGGGAUAACGGACAGCACAGCAGCCUGGCCCUGCCCUCCACUUCCUCUGCUGUAAUGUGAGAGUAUCUUGUGCUUUGCAAAGUGAUAGGUGUCAUGUGACUGCAUGGCAUCAGAGCACACAAUUUGGCACAGAGAAAGUCGCUGAGGCUCAGGAACUACCUUGUGGGGAACAUUGUUGAAAAACACAGGACGUGCCUGCAGGUGUCUGAGGCCCUCACUGGCCUCUGCCUUUCCCUCCCAGUACCCCACCCCCAUGCACACACAAUAGGCAUUUGGCACGUGGGGAGGGCAGGAGAGGGCAACUGUUCGUGUUGCACUGAGACAAAGAAAAAGAAUUCUGAUGGGACCUGCCCAGGGAAGCCACAGCUCACAGCCUGGCUGCAAAUCGGUAGCUGUCCAGGGGAGUCCAGGUUGCUUGCAGGGUCCCUGUCUCAAUGACCAAGGGGUGUCAAUCACUGGUUUAUUUGAGAGCGGUGCACAAAAGGGCAGCUGACCCACCCUAGGUCACUUAUCCCAGGGCAUUGAUUCCAGGCCCAACUCCCUAAAUGGCCACAGAUUGCCUCAUGAGUGUUGGCAGGGGUGGGCUGAGCUAUCUGGGAACUCUGACUUGAGAAACCCCCCCACCCCCGGGGCUGGGCGGGGACAACACACCUGCACACUGAACAGGUCUUCCACCAGAGAUGCUAGGAUGCCCCAGAUGGCUUCAGGGCCAGUGGGUUCCCCAGUAGAGCCUAUUCCAAGGGUCUUGGCUGGGCUCUGUUGUCAGUGGUGACAGUUGUCCCAGCAACCCUGCCAGAGACUCGGGUGACAGACACCACACUCCCAGCUCUAGAAUCUUCCAUGGGUGU